GUGUCCCUUGAAACCUGGGCAUAAAAGUGCGUUGCUCUGCUGGUCCACAGGCUUCUGGUUCUGACACAGGCUCAGCAAGACCCAGCAUGUCUCUUUCCAACGAGGACAAAGCCUGUCUCAGGUCUGUCUGGAAGGAAAUUGGCCCUUCUUGGCCUGAGCAUUGCCCAGAUGCUAUAUACAGAAUGUUUUUGAGUUUCCCCAGCACCAAGACCUACUUCCCCAACUUCGACAUAAGCCCUGGCUCCCCUCAGAUCCAGGCCCAUGGCAGGAAGGUGGCAGAUGCCCUGAACAAGGCUGUGGAACACAUAGAUGACAUGCCUGCUGCCCUGUCUGACCUGAGUGACAAACACAGUCAGGAACUGCGUGUGGACCCAGUGAACUUCAAGCUGCUGAAGCACACCAUGCUUGUAACUAUGGCUGCAAACUACCCAGAAAUCUUGACUCCUGAAGUCCUUCUUUCCCUGGACAAGUUAAUGGAGGCGGUUUCCAGGGUGCUUAUUUCCAGAUAUCGUUAAGCUGAAGUGGUCGUACCCUGCCCAGGCAAUUGGGCCUCAGGCCAGGCCCUCCUUCCUCCUCUCCUUUUCCUACACCUCUGCAGUUUUGAAUAAAGGCCAAUUGGUGGCAGUAA